GUGCAUAUUCAGAAUUCACAGACUUUGCAACCCGAAUUAUGGGGAGACACUGCUCGUUAGGUUCCUACCCAGUGUUACAAAAUCAUUGUUAUUGUGAUGAUAAUUCUGAUCCCAUCUUAAGUGUUCGUAAAGUUAGUUUAUUAUUGCAAACAUGCAACACUGCAAUUAAUGAAGUUGUAACAGAUACUCGAUUCCAUGUUCAAGAUGGUAUAAUUAGCAUUGAAGUUCAAUGUGGGACGUUUUAUAACGGUAAAAUUUAUCCUAAUACUGUUAGAUGGAAUACUGAUGAUAGACGUUACACAAGAGGAAAUCAUCCAAACCACGUUGUGCUUUCUGCAACAUUGAGAUCAUUUAAUCUGGAUGAUAUUUUAUUGCCUGAUGGAGAAUUUGUGACGGGUGUUAAGUUAGAGAGAUUUACUGAUAAUCAUUUGGUGUUGGCGAUACAGGGAACCCAAAUGUAUGAUUCUAAUAAUCGAAUUAUCAGUGGCCAAACUACUUUGCGUUAUCCUCAAAGUACCGGAUAUACAAGAGUGAAUAUAAAUGUAUAUCAACUCCCUGCGCCUCAGGAUCUAAAUAUACAAACUUAUGAAAUGAGUCAAUCGGGAUAUCAUUACAUCGAUUUAAUUACAUCUAAAUGGUCAGAUAAGUAUACAGGUAACGCAGUAAUGCCAUUUUUGGAUAUGCAACCGGUCAAUUUAUCACCACCAGUACCACUAGGCAGACUUGGAUUAUUUUACAAGAGUCAACCUGGCUAUGGCGGGUUUUUGGCUUUCAAACAUAUCUCUCCAAAAUUUAUGCAUUUCAUUAGCGAAUACUAUGUCUAUAAAUUGACUACCGCAUCUCCAGCUUAAACAUUGCAUAUUCAGUAUUGUCUACACGCAGAUGAUUUUACAGCAAAACUUACACAAUUUUGGGUACUGUGGUAACUUAUAGUACAUAUUAGUUUUUACCAAGAACAUUGAGAAUUAAAAAAUUCAAUAACAUACAUUUUUAAUAUCUCUGAUAUUGAACGCACGGUGAAAAUUAAAAU